GAGUGAUCCGUAAGGGAAUCUUCCCGUUGUGCCUUGGGGCUACGGAGCCUGGCGUGGACCCGGAAGUUCCGGGUGGAGUUCCGGGUGCCAGCGAGUCUUCUGACUGGAGAUAUGGCCACGCUCUGCCUCUUCGACGUGGAUGGGACCCUGACUGCCCCUCGGCAGAAAAUUACAAAAGAAAUGGAUGGCUUUCUACAAAAUUUGAGGCAGAAGACCAAAAUUGGAGUGGUAGGUGGGUCAGAUUUUGAGAAAGUGCAAGAGCAACUGGGGAGUGACGUGGUUGAGAAGUACGACUAUGUGUUUCCAGAGAAUGGCUUGGUGGCGUACAAAGAUGGGAAGCUUUUGUGUAAGCAGAGCAUUCAAGGCCAUCUGGGGGAGGCCGUGAUCCAAGACCUGAUCAACUACUGCCUGAGCUACAUUGCAAAAAUUAAACUCCCUAAGAAAAGAGGAACUUUUAUCGAAUUCCGAAAUGGCAUGUUGAAUGUUUCCCCUAUUGGAAGAAGCUGCAGCCAAGAAGAACGAAUUGAGUUCUACGAACUCGACAAAAAAGAACAUAUACGACAAAAAUUCGUAGCAGAUCUGAGGAAGGAGUUUGCCGGGAAAGGCCUCACAUUCUCCAUAGGUGGCCAGAUCAGCUUUGAUGUCUUUCCUGAUGGGUGGGACAAGCGGUAUUGCCUGAGACACCUAGAACACGAUGGUUACAAGACCCUUUAUUUCUUCGGAGACAAGACUAUGCCAGGUGGCAAUGACCACGAGAUCUACACAGACCCUAGAACUGUGGGCUACACAGUGACAGCACCUGAGGACACACGCAGGAUCUGUGAGGAGCUCUUCCCUUAACAGAGGAAGCUGGUCCUGUCCAACAAGACUAAAAGGUCACUCAGGGUCAGGGGUCACUUAGGGCCGGAGCUGGAGUCCCUCCUCAGAUGCACAUGGCCCUCAACCUCCAGCCAGGCUGUUCUCAUGGGUCCAGUCAUACUGGGGCUAGAGGUUAGCUCACUGGACAUGCCAGUAGGCGCCCCUCCACCUUCAGUUAUUACCAGCAGCCCUAAGGGAAAGAACUUACCAAAAAUGGCUAUGGCUGGGU